AUGGUGGUGCUAUGUACUGGAUUUGCGGAGCGAUGGAGUUCUGGAAAUUCUGCUGCAAAAUCGACAAAGUCUKACUUGCAUGCAUUGGAGCGGAGAAAGAUUGAAGCGGGAUGUUUGCCGAUUGACUUUUUGAAACUCUGCGGGAGACGUACUGGUCAGGGGAUGAGUGGCGCGGGCGAUGUCGAGCAAGUACAACGGGGUUUCGAGAGACUGUUCAAUGGCGAAGAACGUAUUGAUGCUUCAAUGUAUCAAUAUCAGCCGACCUGGCAUACUACACUUCCACCAACUGCCGACCACCACACAAACGCCACAACACAAGCAGAUUCAACUCAAUGGCCACAGGAAUGGAAAACCAAUCAGCUUACAACAUCAGACUCCACACCACACGACGACGACCACAACAGCAGAGCAAUUGCACGCCUGGAGAUGUUGAAUCUUCACCUAAAACCACUCUUCGAGGAUGUCGACAGUCUCCGUUGCGGCUACGCACAAUGCCAGGGACUUUUACAAAGACAAAAGCAAUCCCUCCUCAAAGACGCGCAGAUUCGGACCUGCGUGCAUAGUGGAUGCAGCUAUGUUUCAACCACCGCAAGCGAAUGGAGGAGACAUGUAGGAGAAAGCUGUAACUUCCACGAAGAAGCAGAGAGGAAGGGGCAAAGCUGGAGUCGGAGGGAGAAUUGGGAAGGGGAGGGAGGGAUUUGUUGUGGGGUGUAG